AUGGCGAUCCUUGGUAAAGCAGUGCACUUUUCCAUCGAUCUAGCACUUAUUUCGGUGUGUCUGGCUGGCGUGAAGAGGAACACAGGUUUGACACCGAAACUCGACUCUAUUGAAGAUACACAUAUCAGGGGUUACAUGCUGAAAUACCUGAAUUUGGGGGAAUCUUGCUAUGACUACACCGUUGCAUCUUUAGGCUCCUCAAAGUACUUCGCAAGAAAGUGA